AUGGCACUCCUCACAUUCCUCGCCAUUGCCAUCCUCAUGGCAACGCCCAUCAUCAUCCACAUCCACGGCGCCCCCCCCCCUGCGGAAAUACCCAAGCCAAACGCCCUUUUCCCCCUUCACAGACCUCUCCUCCAUAUGGGCACGACGCAACACCUUCCGCACCAAAGCCCUCUCCACCCAGCACAAGAAACACCCCAUUAUCCGCCUCGGCCCACGCACGCUCUCCUUCGGCACCAUCAACGCAAUACAAGACAUAUACGGCCACGGCUCGCCGUGCGUGAAAGCCGCGCCAUACCAAGCGACCCUCCUGCCUGGCGCGCAUACGCAUAUACUCAACGCCAUCGGCCGCGAGGACCACGCGCGCAAGCGCCGCAUGCUCAGCAAUGCCUUCGCGGCGCGGAAUUCGGAGGCCUGGGAGGGGAAGAUUGCGGAGAGGGAAACGGGGGUAGCGGGUUCAAUGUGGACUGGAGGCUGUGGUCUAACCUCUUUACCAUCGACGCGAUUGUCGAGAUUGCGCUGAGCGAGAAGACGCACAUGCUGGAGGCCGGGAACGAUUCCAUCGCGGUUCCGCGCGACGGUCGCAGUGCCCGGGCACUGGGCUUUGUCUGGAGUAUGCAUGGCGGAGCGCGGAUUGCCUCGUGGUUCGUUGGCGCGCCGGCAUGGUUCCCCAUCCUGAAGGGGGCGACGCGUCUUCUAUUCCCUUGGCUUCGCCGGCAGUGGGAGCAGGGCGAGGAUUUCGGCGCGAUAGUUCGCCAUCUUGUUGCACGGCGGCUGAGCAGGGUCGAUGAGCCGGAUGACUUUCUUGCGUGCUUGGUAUCUGACAAGAACGGUGAACCGCGGAGCUUGGAGCGAGGGGAGAUCGAGGCAGAGGCGAACAUGCUUCGUAUGUCAUCGAUUAAUCCGGAAACCUUAAUCAAGCUCAGGGCCGAAGUAGCCGAUGCCCUCUCGUCUCGCGAGCCCAUCGCAGCCUACGCCAGGGUCAAGAACCUCCCCUACCUAAAAGCCUGCCUCGAAGAGUCCCUCCGCCUCUCACCACCUCUGCCCCGCGGCCUCGAGCGCAAAACACCCGCGGGCGGCAUGAUGAUAGCGGGCGAGUGGAUAGGAGGGAACAUCGGCGUCUCCGUGCCUGCCUAUGCAGCCCACCGUGACUCUAUUAUAUUCCCCGACGCCGAACAAUUUAUACCGGAAAGGUGGCUUCGAUGCUCGUCGGACGAACUGGCUGCGAUGCGGGCUGCCUUUAUCCCCUUUAGCACGGGGGCGAGGGGCUGCAUUGGUCGACACCUGACGAUGAUGGAACAGCAGAUUCUCGUCGCGACUUUGGUACAUGCGUAUGACUUUGCGCUGCCUGGUGGGUUUGAGUUGGAGUAUGAGGAGGCGUUUAAUUUGUGGCCUGGGCCGAUGCCUAUGAGGAUUUGGAGAAGGCGAUAG